UGUUAGUGUUGAUAUUCUUGAUCUUCAACAGCGGUCACUGUCUUCCUUCAAUCUUCACAUCAUCAUAAUGGACAAAGCCACAUAUCUCAGAAGCGCGUUAGCGAGCAAAAAGCCCAGUGUAGGCUUUUGGUUGACCUUUGCGAAGGGUCCAGUUGCAGCUACUAUUCUCGAAGGCGGAGGUUUCGAUUGGGUUCUGAUCGACGCUGAACAUGGUCAAAUAACAGACGCAGACUAUUUCGAACUCAACAACAUUGUGGCUAGCCGAGGCGCGAGUCCCAUCAUCCGCGUGCCAAAUGCCGAGGAGUACCUCAUCAAGCGAGCUCUGGAUUCUGGCGCUCACGGAGUCAUGACUCCGAUGUGUCAUUCCGCCGAGGAUGCCAAGAAGAUUGUAGCUUGGAACAAGUACCCUCCUAAGGGUACAAGAGGGUUCGGACCAAUGUUCUCUGCACACUCUUUUCACGGCAUGACCCAAGCUACUUAUCCCGCCGGGGCAGACAGUCAUUUGCUGGUCAUUGUUCAGAUUGAGAGCAAGCAGGGUUUGGCCAAUGUCGAGGAGAUUGCAAAAGUCGACGGUAUUGACAUUCUCUUCAUCGGCCCAUACGACUUGUCCAAGUUUCUUGGUGUAGAAUUUGGCGGCAAAGAACACGAGGCGGCCAUUGCAAAGAUCCUCAAAGCUGCCAAGGACGCUGGCAAAUACGCUGCGAUCUUUUGCUCAUCUGGAGCCCAGUCAAAAAUGCGCCUGGAGCAAGGCUUCGAUAUGGUGUCCAUCUGCACUGACGUUGGCGCAAUUGCUGCCGAAUUCGAUCGACAGCUCGCGGCAACUCACGGGGUCGAAAUGGGUAAAGGACGAUCAGUCUACUAGACGAUUAGAAGCAUGCAUCCACUUGGCAAGAA